AUGGCUACGCGACGCCGGUACGGCACCUAUGGACGGGCUGUCACUUUACCGGCUCCCGUUCUCACUCCCGGUGUAGACUGGCCAAGACCAACUGAUAUGCCAUGGAACCAAAGGCUUCACGUCGCUCCUGUCGCACCCGCUGUAGCUGUACCGUCGGUUGUCCCACAAGAAUCUCCCAGUCGACGCAUUGAAGCACGCAUGAGACAGCGGAUGAUCAACGAGCGUCUGCGAGCAGUUCAUGUACCGCUCGCUGGUGACGACGGGAAAACAUCAAUACAGGAGCUGAUGGAUCGAUAUCUAAAUAAAUCAAAAGAAUCUUUGAACAACGACAUGACCCCACCGCCGCCGUCAGCACUAUAUGCAGACGGUGCUGAACCUGAUGAAAUCAGAAGGCUCGUUAAUAGGUACUGCUCACCUAACGCCGAAACCCGAGGGCACGACUCGCAUCCAUCCCAUGUGUAUACCAUAGAAGAUCCCCAUGUCAAUGCAAAAGUAGAAGUACCAAAACCAAAGAAUGUUUAUGCAAGUGGAGAUAAUUCUCAGCUCCGAGGUAAAAAGUCCAAAGGUCAAAUGUCAUCAUCUGGAAGGAAGACUGGGACUACAAGCGGAGCACGUAUGCCGGUCGGAAGCGGAUCCUCACGCUCCGGGCGACUGGCCCGGAUCAGUCAAAGUAAUAUACGACCGUUUGGCUCAGGAACUGCCGGUGGAGGAUACGGACCAGGUGGUCAUCCACUUUCUGGACCAGAUCCAGCGAGCCCCACCAAAAAAGAUGUUAAACAUCGUUUCGAAAUCACAAAGAAGCUAGGGUCUGGUACCUAUGGAAAAGUUUCUUUGGCAUUCGAUCACAAAUUCGACCGUGAGGUGAGUAAACAUGCACAGUUAGCUAUUUUGCUAUUUACAUGCAGCAUCGAACCCAAUCUUUCAAUUUUUCACUUUUUCCGUUUUUCUACUUUCUACGUUCGACUCGUUCUCCAUGAUGAUUGGAUCGAAGCCUUGUGA